UAUAAGGUCAACCGACACAUUUUUGGUGGAAACACCAAAAUCCAAACAUAUCCAUGCCCUUAAAGUCACUUAUUGCAUCGCUCACACACAAAACACGAAAUCAAAUCUAUGCCCAACUCAUCAAAAACCCAAAACCCCACACCUUAAACCCAUUACUAGGAUCACUAACAAAAUCCACCAACCCAGAAAAUGCUAUUUUCCUGUACAACCAAAUGUUGCACUUCCCAACUAAUUGUUACAACCAUUACACUUUCACAUACGCCCUCAAGGCCUGCAACUCUUUGCAUGCGCACCCAAAAGGACUAGAAAUCCAUGCACACGUCCUAAAAUGUGGCUACCACCAUGACAUCUUCAUCCAAAACUCCUUGCUUCAUUUUUAUACAACAAAAAACGACAUCAUCUCCGCUUCUCGAGUCUUCGAUUCGAUACGCUCUCCGAAUGUCGUCUCGUGGAGCUUGAUCAUUUCAGGGCUUUCUAGACGUGGUUUUGAAGAGGAAGCCAUUGUUAAGUUCUCGUCCAUGGACGUAGACCCUAAUUCUUUUACACUUGUUAGUGUCAUGACUGCCUGUUCUAGUCUAAGAGCUUUGACGUUAGGCAAAGCCGUUCAUGGCUACAGUUUGAGGAAUUUCGGUGAAAACAACGUUAUAUUGGAUAAUGCAAUUCUGGAUUUGUAUGCAAGUUGUGGGUCAUUGAAGUAUGCAGGCAAUCUGUUUGUGAAAAUGCCUAAGAGAGAUGUUUUUUCUUGGACUACGCUUAUUGGGGGAUAUGCACAAAAGGGAUUUUGUGAAGAAGCUGCGAGAGUUUUCCAAGAAAUGAUAGAAGGUGGAGAGGCUGAGCCUAAUGAGGUAACCAUUAUUAACUUAUUGUCUGCUUGUUCUUCAGUUGGGGCUUUGAAUUUGGGCGAGUGGAUACAUUCCUAUAUCAGAAGAAGACAUGAUUUUGUAGCAAAUGGCAAUGUGGGUAAUGCUUUAAUCAAUAUGUAUGUCAAGUGUGGAAAUUUAGGUAUGGCGCUUGAGGUUUUUAAUGCCCUUGCGAGCAAGGAUAUAAUUUCAUGGAGUACAAUUAUAUGCGGGAUGGCCAUGAGUGGUUAUGGAAACCAAGUGCUGCAGCUCUUUUCGCUCAUGCUAGUCCAUGGAAUUACUCCUGAUGGUGUCACUUUCGUCGGCUUACUAUCUGCGUGCAGCCAAGCGGGCCUUGUCGCCCACGGGUUGAUGUUAUUCAAUGCCAUGAAAGAUGUUUAUGGAAUUGAGCCUCGCGUUCAGCAUUAUGCGUGCGUGGUUGAUAUGUACGGCCGAGCAGGGAACUUGGAGGCUGCAGAGGCUUUCAUUAGAGAGAUGCCGCUUGAAGCAGAUGGGGCGGUUUGGGGAGCUCUGCUCAACGCUUGCAGAAUCCAUGGUGAUGACAAGAUGUUUGAAAGAAUCAGGCAUUGCCUUGGUGAUGGCGGGGAUUUGAGCAUCGGGACUCUCGCUUUGUUAUCGAACAGUUAUGCAAGUUCUAAUAGAUGGAGUGAGGCUAAUAAGGUUCGUGAUGAAAUGAGAUGGAUGGGAGUGAAGAAAAUGGCUGGCCGCAGCUGGAUCGAGACUCGGCCUUUGCCAUAAGAAACGAAAUGUCUUGUAAAUACCCCACACCAAUUAAAGUUUAGCUGCA